AAGGAGAAGAACACAUUUGGACCUGAGCACCACCUCAUCCCCUGCCAAAGCACCAGACAGGACUACCGUUGCGUCAUCAUUGCUGAGACCCUCCCUGCCAUCCAUAAAGGACAGAUCUGCUCUCUACCUGUCAAAAGCAGCAGCUGCCACAGAAUCACCAGGAACUGCCACACAGCAAGGCUAUAACACUUGUGUGGUCCAAGAGCACAUUGGUACCCCUGGAAAGAAAACUAAACAAAGCAAGAUGUCCAACCUAACCAAACAGAUAAGAGUAACCGAUGCUAACGGAGAAGAGGACCUUCCUCCCCCUCCCCCUCCUCCCCCACCACCUAGACCUUACAUGGACGACGCAGGCAACGUUCUGCCCAUGCCCCCACCCAAAGAGACAUUCUCAAUGUUCUACCAGCAGCGACAGAAGAACGAGCUGAAGAGGCUCUUCAAACAUAUCCAUCCCGAUGUGAAGAUGAACCUGGACGAAGCGAUCGACGACGAGUUAGUGCAGGCUAUACAGGCUGCGAGCGGUCAGGCUGCUGCUGAUGCAAACUACCAGGGGGAGGUCCAGUCCAUGCGCUGGAUUUUCGAGAACUGGACUCUCGACAACAUCGGAGAUCCUCACAUGACAAAGAAACUGAUGGACGAGGAGAAUCUCCAGGGAGCCGACGUUAGAGGAACUACAGGAAUGUUCGAGCACUGGGACGGUUCUCACGUAUCCUCAGCCGUCGAUGGACAUCCUCUGGUCAAAGGAGACGUGCGCACAGCCGCCUGGCUGUUUGAGACGCAGCCCCUGGAUUGUGUUGGCAAGUCCAGCACUGAGGAAGGGGAGCUUGUUGAGGCCGUGUUGAAGGAGCCCAUCCCAAAAGGGGACGUUUCAGGCGCCAGGCUCCUGUUUGAGUCCAGGCCUCUGGAUGCAUUGGGUCGCUGCUGCUCUGUGGAGGACCGCAGCUUCCUUCGCCUGCAGUCAGAAUUCGAAGAGCAAAAAGGAGACGUCAAGAAGACAGUGAAGCUGUUUCAGACUGAGCCCAACUGUGCCAUAAGGGACAGCAGCGGGAACAUCCACAAGAUCAAGUCCAUUUGCAGGGAAGAGAUACAAAGCAGCAACUUCAACACAGCGCGCUGGCUCUUUGAAACUCAACCCCUGGAUGUCAUUAACAAGGACACGUCUGGCAUUCAAAUUCUCCGGGGCAUAUCACUUGAGGAGGGUCAGAAGGGAGGCGUUGACAAGAAAAAGUGGAUGUUUGAAACACAGCCAUUAGAUGCUAUCUGUGAGGGCGAUGUGGUUGCGCCAACAUUUCAGGGCAUAUCAGCAGACAUGGAUGGAGUUCUUGACGUUGGAACCAAGCAGAGGCUUUUCGAGACACAGCCUUUAUCAGCCAUCAAAGGAGAUUCAUCAUCACUGGCAUUUGAAGAGAAAGAAACGAUUAUGGGAGGAGAUGUAAAAUCUACCCUCUGGCUUUUUGAAACUCAGCCCUCUGGCUCAGCCAAGGACACCUACGAGGUGGGGCGCCUCAAAAAAAUCGCACUGAAUGCAGAUGAGAGGGGAGAGGUGAAAGACAAGAGGCAAACAUUCGAGAAACUUAGGACCAGCAAAGCUAAAAUUGACAAAGAAAGUAAAGUUGAAGACAUAGAGAAAGGGGAUGUCAAGUCUUACAAGCAUCUCUUUGAAACAAUCCCUAUUGAUCACAUAUCCCACUCUGAAAUUGAAAAUGCAGAAAGCGUUGACAUCACAAGUGGAAAUGUGAAAGGUAACAAGGCAUUGUUUGAGUCAACACCCCUGUAUGCCAUUAAAGACAGUUCUGGAAAUUUCCAUGAAGUUACAACUGUGAGUAGAGAGGAGAUCAUCAAGGCGAAUGUCCAGAAUUACAAAUGGAUGUUUGAGACAAAACCAAUGGAUAAGUUUGAGGAGGGAGUGGGACAAGUAGAGAUUAUAAAGGGAAUUACAAGGCAAGAGGAUUCAGGAGGUGAUGUCAGGAUGGCAAAGUGGCUGUUUGAAACUCAACCGCUUGAUGGCAUUCAUUUCAAGUUCAACCAAAAAGAGCAGGACUCAUCGGAGCAGGAGGAAUGUAAAAAGGGUGAUGUCAAGACAUGCAAAUGGCUGUUUGAGACACAGCCAAUGGACAUUCUGUAUGAGAAAACAGAGAAGAAACAAGAGAUCGAAACAAUACCUAAAGCCGAUGUAAAAUCACAAACAUGGCUGUUUGAGACACAGCCCCUGGACAAUAUCAAAGAUGGUGAAGCCCAAAGUCUGAAAUUAUGCAAGACUUUAGAAAGUGAACCGACUAGUGAUGUAAAUGUAAAAACUGUAAAACACCUUUUCGAGACAGAGACCUUAGACAGAAUCUCUAAGAAAACAGAGUCAGAGAUAGACAUGAGAUACGUCAGUGAAGUUAAUGUCCAGUCCGGUGAUGUCUCAAGAGUCAAGGAAAUUUUUGAAUCACAGUCUCUUGAUGAGAUUGGAAGUGAAAUCAUAAAGGGGAGUGCAGAGGAUCAGGAGUCAGCCAUUCAGGCAGGAUCUGUUAACAAGUUCACCUGGCUCUUUGAGAAUCAGCCUAUCAGUGCCAUAAAUGAUAAAGACAGUGACACAACAACGUUGAGGACUGUCGAUGAUGUAGAAAGUGGAGAUGUCGGAGGAAAAAAGUUCAUAUUCGAAACCUUCUCAUUGGACAAGAUUGAGGACAAAGAACAGCUACUGAGACAUCAGUCACUAAAUGUGGAAAAACCUGUGAGUAGUGUGGAUGUGAAGUCCAGUACUAUGCUGUUUGAGUCACAGCCUCUCUAUGCCAUCAGAGACAAGGAAGGGCAGUUUCACGAGGUCACUACUGUGAAGAAAGAAGAGGUGCUGAGUGGAGAUGUUCGAGGAGCGCGAUGGAUGUUCGAGACCAAACCGCUUGAUGCCAUUCAAGCUGACAAGGAAAUCUACGUAAUCCGAGCUGUCACUCAAGAGGAUGUCCUCAAGGGGGAUGUAAAGUCAGCUCGGUGGAGGUUUGAGACUCAGCCUCUAGAUUCUCUUGCAACCAGAGAGGCACCCUUGCCCAAAACUGUUGAGGACAUAACCUGCAGUGCCAACAGUGUGCAGCUGAACAAAAAGCUCUUCGAAUCUGAAGAAGCAGCUCAGAAGAAGUAUGUGAGGAUGGUCAGUGUCACAGAUGUCCGCCAAGGGGAUGUUCGCACCUCUACCUGGCUCUUUGAGUCUCAGCCAAUCGACUCACUCAAAGGUGAACCAGAGGAGCAGAGUGAUAUGCAGACAGUGCACAGAGAAGAAGUCCAAAAAGGAGACGUGAAGCGAUGCACCUGGUUGUUUGAAUCUCAGCCGCUAGACAAGAUUAAAGAGAGUGAAAUUCCCAAUGGCAACUGCAUAGAGCAGCAAGAGGACAUCCCAAAGGCAGAUGUGAAAAGUACCACCUGGAUGUUUGAAACCACUCCGCUAGAUAAGAUUACAGCGGAAAGUGCAACUGAAACUCUUGGUCGCCUGAGCCAACUUCGCCUCAUUUACUCUAGUGGCAUCAUCAUCCAAGCCAACGAUGUUAAACACGUUAACAUGGCCAAGUAUGAGCUUUCACGUGAUGAAGGCAUCAAAGUUCAAAAGGAAGAAACGGUGGAAGGUAAUAUCAGAAACAUCAUGCUGCAACUCCUUUGCAGACCAAACCUGAAACCUAGAGUUACUGUUUUGCAAGAGGACGAAAUCGGAAGUGUCCACACCACUGCACUUGAGAUUCCACCACAUCAACAAGACACCAUUAGAGUUGAACAAAAGCAAAAAAUGGAAGAGGUCGUUCAGAUCAUUGAGAGUGUUCUUGUUCAGUACAAGUCAACUCAAGCGGGAAUGGUCAUGCAGGAAUCCCAGGCUGGGCAACCCGAGAUGAUGGUUUACUCCUUCCGUUGCCACAGCGGUGUAAAAAUGGAAAGUGUCGACAUCCAAAGGGGAGAUGUCAGAUCCACAAUAGGAAGUCUUUUGGCUACAGCACACAACUCCAGAGUGACAGCAUCUUGCAGACUGGAGGAGAAUGAAAAAGGAAAUGUGGAUCUGUACAGAAGCUGCAUUGAAAAGGGGGAUCUGAAGUACCUCAAGAACCUUCAAGUGGAACUUUUGGAGGAUGAUGUCGAUUCUGCACCAAGAGAUCAGAUUGAGAUCGUCCAAGGAGAUGUGAAAGAAGCUAAGAGGCACCUCAAAGAGCAAAAGGACUGCGUGGAGAGAACAGUGGUGGAUGUUGUAUCGGGGGAUGUUAAAGCUGCCAAAAAAGUCUUCUUGAGUAGUCCAACUGGCGUAAAUGUUGAGCUCUGUGUGCCAAAGGAUGAAAUCAUCCGUGGAGAUGUGAACAUUGCCAAACAGCAGCUCGAUGAAGCAGCAAGGCAGCAAAUGCUAGUGCAGAAGGAGGAGAUUGUGGCAGGUGACAUCAAGGCAACGCUGGAGUCUUUGGAGCGAGCGAAACAGCAGAGCAUGCUUUUGGAGCGAGAGGUCAUCACUCCUGGAACCAUCUACGAUCUGGAUCUGUCGGCGCAGGAGUCAGAGGAGGUUGACGACAGACCGGAUUACAAGGAGAAAAUCGUCUCAGGGGAUGUCAAAGCAGCCAAGCAGUCCCUGCAGGAGGCCAAAAGCAGGAGCAUGAGAGUAGAGCGUGAGGUUAUUGUUCCAGGAAAAAUAUAUGACCUCACCGCAUCAGCCUCGCAGCAGGGCACAUCAGAGGGGAAGACAUCUGCCUCAGCCACAAGUAACCCACGGAUAACGACAACAUUUCGCAAGGUCAGUGCCUCUGAAAUUAAUCAUGACAAGUGUGAGGCUUUUCAUCAGAUUGAAGUGGCAAAGAUGUCAGAUGUAAAGGCUAUCAGAGUGGAGACAAAUUCAAAAGCUGCCAAUGUCUCUUACAUGCCUAAUGUAAUGUCAGAGGGUGAAACCCUAAACCAAGAGGAGGAAAGAGAAGAGGAGGUUAUUAAAGGUGAUGUGAAGGCUGCCAUCCAAGCAUUAUAUAGUGCCGCUUCUGAACAGAGAACUGCAGACAAAGAAGAGAUUGUGAGAGGUGACAUGCAAGCAGCACUGCAGUCACUUCAGAAGUCUAGUGUUAAUGUGUCACAGGGUGACUAUAAAGCAGCCAUGAUUUAUAGGAAAGCAGGCCAGUCUUAUUCUGAGGGCAGAAAGAAAAAAGAGCCAUUGACUGUUUAUGAACAGAAUGUUAUGUCUAUGCCUCCAUCUGACGCUGAAUUGUCUCCUUCGGUUUCAGUAACCUACAAGGAGCAUCAGUCCACAGCGGCAAUGAACUCAUCACCUGUACUUAAUUCCUACUCAGAAGACAAUUCUAGAGCUUUCAUCCCCUCCCCUCCUAUUCGUGAAGAUCUGAGCCCACCUCCUCUUCCCCCAAAGACCUUUGACCAACCAAAACCAGGCCUUCCACCAAAGCCACAGUGGUCAACUAGGUCUACUCCUGAACCCAAUACCAAUUGCAACGACACUCAUUACAUUCCGGCCAUCCCUCCCAAAAUGAAAAUGGGAAAGUCAACCCCUCCUCCUUUACCAAAGAGGACUGUUUGUAUCAAGAAUGAAGAGUUGAAGGACUCACACUAUGUGCAUGCAGAGGAACAAAUGUUAACCACGACAGUAGAAGACCAAAUUACCCAUAGCACAAGGCAAUGCACUGACAAGCAGGGGCAUAAAAAAGCAAUUGCAUCUAUCCCAGAUGACACCACACCUGUGUCUCCCACUACAACUCCAUCUGUGCCAGAGAUGGAUAAAAAUGUGAUCCAGAAGAUCAAUGCAGCUGAGGAGAUCCGCAUGUGCAUGCAGAGUUACUCCACUGACAGUGAGGUCAAAAAUGAAAUGAACAGGGGCUUCAAGGUUGCACUUCAGAACUUUGGUGGGAAGAAGAAAGUACAGACGGUUGAGGCCACAAGUACAAAAGAAAGUAAAAAAGACAAAGCUGUCAAGGAAAAAGAAUCUGCGUUGAACUCUCAUGGAUGUUCCUCAAGCCAACAAAGUACCAUCCAAAAAAGGAAUGUCAGCUCUCCCAGCACCCCCAGCUCUCCACAGCCACCCAUAGUCUCCCCUGAGCCUCCAAGGGACGAACAGCCCACUGUGAUUCUGAGGGAAAAACGGGGACGAAGGGAAACGGAGGAUGAACGCCGCCAGAGGUUAUCUGUGCACAGGGAUGAAAUCAUGAGAGGCAAUGUGAAAGCAACAAUGGAGAUAUUUGAAAACCUCAGAAAAAGGGAGGAACUAAAGACCAUCCUGUGCCAAGUUCAGGAAAUGGAAGGAGACACCAGUGAAGUCGAUGUUAAGUCUUUACGGACGAUUUAUGAGAAUGUUCCUUCUUGGGUGGUAGGCCAGAGUAAAGUUUCAAGGUCUAACAACUCUAUGUUUGUAAAGAAUGUUGAUACAGACGCAGAAUCGUUGAAAGAUGAAACAGACAGUGUGUCCUCAGUUGAGGCCGCGUUUGAAGAUCUGGAAAAAGCAAGUAUGGAUAUAAUAUGUUUAAAAGAGCAGACGUUAGUAAAACUUAUGGACAUAGAAGAGGCAAUUAAAAAAGCUUUGUACUCGGUGUCAAACUUAAAAUCUGAGGCAGACAUCAUGGGGUUAUCAGGACUCUUUAAUGAAUCUCUUAAGACGGAGCAGUGCUCUCAGAACUCAAAUAAUAUUAGAAAAAUUAGUAUUGUCACUACCAAAGCAAAAACUGACAGUAGUAAAUUAAAUCACGUAAAUCAAGAACCUAUCAAAGCAGAUCGAAGCAAAUCAGAGCAGGAGGUUUCGCAAGGAAAAAUGAAAGGAGAGAAAGUUCAAAAGGAUGUGCCCUUGAAGAAACCAGAGUCUCCCCGCCCAAAGCCGGGCCAAAACCCACCCUCAUCUCCCUCGUUCAUCUCCAUUCACUCAGCAGCAAGAAAAUCUGCCGGGCCACCAAAGUCCCCUCCUCCUCCUCCCCCUCCCCCUCCACCAGCAGACAGUAGGUCUCCAAGCUCAAAUGGUUACCAUAGUCCAAAUGGUGAUAUCGGUCAACCCACUGAGACAAAGGUGGCAAACCAUUUUUACAGCCCAAAAAAUCCAAAGCGAAAAAUUAGCAUUCUAGAAGUGCAAACAGUUCCAGAGCCAGAACCUGUAGGGGGGAUCAUUGGAACAAAGACGGUCAGCGAAAUGUAUGAGGAGAGAGACUGUUUUGGUAAUUCCUUUGUCUCCUCUACUACUUCGACCUUUGUCACCAAACAGUCUGAGACCACUGCCGCUGCUUCCUGCGAGGUUCUGACGAGCCCUAGCAAACAAGUUCACGUUAUCGCAUCUCCACUGCUGCACAGAUCCAAUCGCACUUUUGCAGAACGGAAGCAAUCCCACUCAAAAGACAGUAGCAAAGUGUUUGUUACAUUUGGUCAUACCAAAACUGGUAAACACUAAGAGGGUGUUACCUCUUUAGGCAACUAGUCCCCAUGUUUAUAUUGUUACUCCUUCUAUGAAACUUUUUUUGUCUUUUGUGAAUGAUGUCACUUUGAGAACUUACUUUUUAACAGUUUAGAUAAUGCAUUUAUAACCCUUUAACUGUCUUUCAUAUUCACUAUACCACUUAUCCUUAGAGAAACUAUGUACGUUUUUCAAAGUUUUUUUCCAACGUAUUUCUUUAAGGUUGAUAUAGAUCAUUUUAUACAGUAAUGUUAAUAUAUUGUACUGUUUGUUUACUCUGCCUGUAUGUAUGAUAUAUUUUAAGUUUAUAAAUUAAAUAAAAGAAGAAAUGUUUCUCAAUGUCUCUUGUCAUUAACUAAAAAAUCAAACUCUGAAGGUAUUCAUAAUGAAACAGGACAUAAUCUGACUUUGACAUACCACACAUUAUGCAAGUUAUCUUUAAUUAUGUUCUUGUACAAUAAUUUAUAUUGAUUAAGGUAUAACAGGGAUCUACAUAUAUUUGUGUAAAACCUAUGUAACAUUGGCUAGGCCACAGUAUGGCAAAGCUUAAAUUUGACAUGUUAAGACACAUUGCAUGGUUUAUUAUUACUGCAUUGCUUUUGUUAUAU